AUGAACUCAGAAACGACUGCCCAAGACUCUACUGCCGCUGCCCCGGCCGUUGAGGUCCCUAUUAUCCAGACUGCGUCUUCGACCGCUUCUGUCGAGUCUUCUACCGUCGCUGCUUCUACUGAGUCUUCUGACGACGCUGCUACCGUCAACACCGAGAAUGUCGAGGCCGACGCUGCUGCUGAGAAGGAGGAGAAGCCUUUCGUUCCUGCUCCGGCACCAAAGGUCAACAUCUGGAAAGUGAGAGCGGAGGAGCUGGCUAAGCGUGCACCGGCGCCUGCUCUUACCGUCGAGGAACCCGUUGAGGAGAAGGUCGAGAAGAAGGAGGAGAAGAAGGACAAUGAAAAGAAGGAGAAGAGAGGGAAGAAGGGUAGCAAGUCCAAGAAGGAUGAUGCCAAGUCUGAAAAGAAGGAUGACAAGAAAGACGAAAAGAAGGAGGAGAAGACCGAAACCGCUGCUCCUGCGGAACCUAAGCCCAAGAAGUCCCCUCUAGUCGUCUACGACGAAUCUUUGCCAGCCCCUACAUCUGUCCCCGGAGCCGCCCUCGCCGCUGCUGCCGAUCUCGCAUUCGACGACCAGUCUUCCUUCCCCACCAUCGACAUCGCCAAAUCCGCCGACCAAAAAGCGCCAAAGAAGACGAAGAAGCCCACCGCCAAGGCGGACAAGAAGGAGAAGUGGGUCAGUCUUACGCCUACGAUCGUGCAUGCUACUCCAUUGCCGGGUAAGGGACAGAGGAUGCGGGAAGGAGCUCAGGGACAACAGCAACAGAGGGGUCAGAGGAGGCAAGGACAGAACAGGGAGGGCGGUGAACAGCAGCAGGGAAAGAGAGUUCAGGGACAGAGGCGGGGAAGCCAGAGUGCUAAGAAGCCCCAGGCUCAGCAGGCUCAGGACAAGUCCGCUGAGACUGCCGCCGUCGAGAAGAAGGAGGAGGCUUCUGAUGCGGCUGCUGCUCCGGCUGAGAACAAGAAGGAGGAGGAGGUCGUCGCGAAUGGUGUGAACGCACAACAGCAGCAACCCGCUCAGCAGCAGCAGCAACAGCAGCGUGGUCCCCGCCCGCCGAGGCAGUUCAACAACAACAACCGUGUCAGCGGUGGACCUAUGUACACCGGUGCACCCCAACAUCAGCAUCACGGCCAGAGACGUGGUGGAAGGAUGGGUGGACAGUACAGGGGUGGAUGGGAUAUGCAGGCGCAGAUGCAGCAGAUGCAGCAGUGGGAUAUGAGGCCGUACAUCCUCGGACAAAUUGACUACUACUUCUCCCUCGACAACCUCUGCAAGGACCUCUUCCUCCGAAGACAUAUGGACGGCGAGGGUUGGGUCGCUGUUGCCUUCUUGGCUAACUUUAACCGCGUGAAGCAGUUGACGCUCGAUGAGAAGGUUGUCCGGGAGGCGUGUAGGGGAAGUCAGAUUGUUGAGGUUAGUCAGGAUGGUGAGAAGGCUAGGAAGAGGGAGGGGUGGGAGAUGUGGGUUGUGCCUGAGGCGGAAAGGUUGGUUUUCGAGAGGCCUGCGCCUGUUGCUGCGGGUGCGGCUGCGGGUGCUGAGGAGAAGAAGGUCGAGGAGGAGGAUGUUAAGGUGAACGGUGUACAUGAGGAGGAGAAGACGGAGGUUGUUGCUGAGGUUCAGGCUUGA